UAUUAGAUGGAACACUGAACUAGAAGAAGAUUGCAGGGCACAAGGAAGCAAAUCUGCCCAGGAGUGGAAUUGAGAGGGGUCCAUGGCAGGCUUAGCCAACACUCCCCAAAGUCACUCCCAGUCAGGUUAUGGCAUGGCUUAUUUACUUGAGUCAUCUGGAUAUUAUAUUCCCUGUUCUCUGCUAUAGGACCCUGUAGUCUGUAAUCUGGAUGAUACAGAUGGCACCUACUAACCGGAAAGAAAUGAUGCUCCAGAGCUUAGCUCAGUUACUGAAGGAUUCUGGAGACUUGAUUCUAGAUGGCACUAGCACUUUGACCUUAUAUACCACCACACUGCAAAUUCUCACUCAGAUAUUUGAGCAGCACUUAAUACCACGGAAUCAGAACCAUGGCUUCAUUGCACUCUCGUCACACCCUGCUGAAACAUCUGCUAUUCUUCAAGCCCAGUUCCUCUUUGAUGUCUUGCAGAAGACUCUCUCGCUGAAGCUCAUUCACGUUCCUGACUGUAGCUUGCCUGCUGCUGUGAAGAUUUUCCCCUUCAAAUCUUUGCGACGUUUAGAGCUAAAGUGUGUCCCUCUGCACUGUCUGCGGGGCCUGCGGUUGGUCUAUUCCCAGCUGGAGGCUUUGACCUGCUCUAAAUGUGUGAGCUCCCUGGAGGAGAUCAUCUCAGCAUGUGGAGGGGACCUCAGUUCAGCCCUGCCUUGGCUGGAACUACAGUCAGUCAACUUCAGCUACAACUCCAUUGCUACCUUAGAUGAUUCACUGCAAUUGUUGAAUGCCCUGAAGGCGCUGGAUCUUAGUCACAAUGAACUCCAGGACUGUGAGCACUACUUGACAGUGCUGACAGAGCUGGAAUACUUAAAUGUGGCCUAUAACUCCCUUCCCAAGAUGCCUGAUCUUGGACUGCACAGUCAGGUUAAACUGAUGACCCUGAUCCUGCGGUACAACCAACUUGACAGUAUUAAUGGGGUGGAACGGUUACCUCUCCUUCAGCACCUUGAUGUUGCCUAUAACUUACUACUGGAUCACACUCUUUUAGAACCACUAUCCUUGCUGCACAACUUGAAAAAACUGCAUCUUGAAGGGAAUCCAUUAUGUUUCCAUAAGAAUCACCUGCCUGCUACCAUAAUGCACUUGUCUCUGAGGGCCAUUUCUUCUAACUUCUUCCUUGAUGAAGAGCCACUAUCUGCUUCUGACCUGCAGCAUCUCCCAAAGCUGAAUCGGAUGGCUGCUCAGCCAGUCUGCACCCCAGUCUCGGAGAGGGCCCUAACAGAUCGCAGUGUCCUAGAAAGUUCUUGUAUGGCAGACCAAAGUGAUAGCCAGUCCACUGGAGAGAGCAAAUUGCCCACUCGGAAGAAAACAAAGGGGAAAGUUAAAAGGGUGCGCAGGGCCAGCAUUUCAGAGCCAAGCGAUACAGAACAUGAGUACGCAACACAACCUCUUUCAACAGGUAUAGUUCAGCAGCACCAGGCAGAGAUGGAGCGUAUGGACAGUUUCCGGGAACGCUUUGGUCCACACUGGCUGCAGUAUAGGCGGCAUCUAGAAGCAGAAGGACAGGCAGGGCCCAUUACCCCCUCUCAAAGCCCUACAACUGACUCUCUAGGCAGCUCGAAUGGGGCUUCUGAGCAGAGCAAGAACAGAGUGCAGGAGCAGAAGAUUCCUGAUGUUGUCAAGGGGAAAGAAGUGGAAUUGCCACAGGCUGAAGUUGUUGUGGAAGGUCUCCAGACAGUAGUGGAAACCAAUGGACUGGCUGUUAAAGAAGAGAAAGAUCAAGAGGAAAAACUGGAAGUGGACCUCUGCCAGCCAGUGUUGGUGAGCCAGAUAGAAGGUGACUGUGACCCAGAACCAGACUGGAUCUUCUUACGAGUCACUGCCCAGCAUGUGAUGGAAGUGGAACUGAAAGCAGCCAGGGUUCUGCACAGGUUGGAGCUGCAAAGCCUGCAGAAAGUAGAGACUUCAGAAAUGAACUGGAGAAGGAUGGAGCUGGAGCGUGCGUUUCCUGUCCUCACCUUGCAUUUUAGUUACAUCUGCAAGGACCGUCAGAAGCGUCGGUACAUAGUGCUGGAUGAUGAUCCCGAGCUAUGUGUACAGAACUUGCUAAGAGUGCUGGCACCCACCUUGGAAAAAAACCAGAAGAAGAGCAGAGAUGACGGAGGCCCAAAGCUCCAGUGCCUGAAAUGCAAACAGGAGUUUGCUGGGGGCCUGUUGCUGAGAAGGGAGACUCCAGGUCCUGCUAAAGGGACUCCAGCUUUCUCCGAGCAAGGCAUUGCUGGCCGCAGUGAACCCAUCAUCUGCCCCAGCUGCUCCAGCGACCAUGUGAUCAUCCUCCCCUGUGAGAGGCGCUCUAGCACACCCCUGCCCUCUCAGGAGUGCCUUGGUGAGAGCCAGCAAGAGGCAGAGGCGGGGAAGUUCUACAUUGGCGAAGAGACCAACUCUGAAAUGGGCACCUACUCCAGCAGCCGGACUCAGGAGCUGAGCAGCGACCAGAGCAGUGCUGCACAUUCCAGUUCUCACAGUUCAGAAGCUGAUGCCAGCAGGAAGGACUUGAGUUCCAAGGGGCGCGACUCCUCGCUUAGCCACACGGACACCAAUGGGGGGAGCCUGAUGGGGAGCUAUCAUUAUGGCCCUUCCCGUGGGCCCACCCCUUCCCAGCUGUCUCUGAGCUUGGAGCACGAGGAGCACUGGAACCUUAGCCCCCCCACCAACAGUCUGUUGGGCAUGAGGGACUUCUCCUCUGUGGACCAUCGGCUCAAGCUUUAUUUGGACAUGGAAGUUUUUGAGGAGUCGGAAGAGUUCAAGUGCUUUCUCAAGGUAGCUGUGGUAAAGAAUGGCCGGCUUGGGGAGUUCCUUGCACUCCUGGUAGCUUCAGAUGUCCAGUUCUAUGUGUUGGAGGUGAAGGGGGAGAUCAGGGGGCAGCCGUCAGAUUGGCUGAAGAAGAGUGACAGUCACUACCUGUCUGACCUCUCUCACCUGGAAGUGGGGCUGUGCCACCAGAGCUUGCAUGUGGAGUUUGUGAACCCCUCUGCCUCCUACAACCUGCUGCUUCGCAACCAGAGCCGUUGCAAAAGAUUCCUGCAGUGCCUGACAUAUCUUAUGCAGGAAUUGCCAGUCAAAAGCAGGAGAAAAGUCCCAGAGAUUACUGUGACAGAAAUGAACCCGCAGCAUCUGUUAUGGCCACUACUUGAGAAGGACCUGUCGAGAGAAGCUGCAGGGAGCUCAGCCAAGCCUUUCUUCUAUCUCUUAGCAUAUCUCAUUCAAGGUGCUUCUGCCUUUCCUGUGACCUUGCUCAGCACCCGUAGCAACCUGUUCUUGGUCGAAGAAGAUCACCAGAAGCAAAAAACUCCCCCCGCCUCUGGCUUAGGCAGCGAUGCUGAGAAGCAGCUCAAGAAUGGCUUCCAGCUGAAAGAGAACCAGCCAAUCAGCAGCAUCAGUGGUGUUGUGCUUUACCACUUCUUCCCUUGUGAUGUAAAGCUGCAGCUUUAUGAUGAGGUCCUAAAGGUGGAGAGCACUUGGCAUUUGCGCACCGAGUGUCCAGACCUGCUAGCUGAUCUGGUGGAGUGGCUGCGUGUGCCCUGGGAAGAGAUGUUCUCGAUCUCCCUCCGUAAGAAGGUGCUUGAGGUGUUGGAGUGAGUGAGAGAGAACAUAGAGAGCUCUUGCUGAAACAUUUCCAUCCCUAAACGGUUGGCAGGACAGAUCUUGGGCCACCUCCUAGUCUCUGCCUGACUUCACCAUUUUGUACAUUGCACAUUGCUGCUCUCGGAAGUAGUCCCAGCAACCCCCGAUAACCGAUAAGUGGUCCACUUGCACCCAUCCUCUUUGUUUUGAUAGCACAGAGAUUCAGCCAGUUCAACCGUCAUGCCGCAGGGCCUUCUAUGGGCAGAAGGUGAGCCAGCCACAGUCGGGCCACAGAUUGUUUCCUAUUGGACUGGAGGUGGCUCCGUGGCCAGUCCUGUACUGUCCAAAGCAGUUCCAUGUGCACAUGUCACUUUCUGCUGGGUAGUCGUUGCUGAAGAUCCUAGAGCAGGGCAUGCCAGAUGGCCAGUCCCAGGUCUAGACUGUGCACAGAGCUGGUCCGCGUUGGUUCAGAUACGGAGCCUGCUCUCUGCUUUGAGCUCUCAGUGCAGAUUCUGGAGCACUGAUGGUCCUUCCUUGCAUAAUAAUGUGGGGCUCGUUCGCCAGAGUGGCCACAAACGGCAGAUGCUGGACUCUUGUGUUCCUGCCCUGGCCCGGCCUUUCUAAGGGCUGCCCUAGCUACUGGGACAGGGAUUUGAGAUUGUGGAUGCAGAUACUCAGGGUUUGGGAUGACUGGAAGCCAUCUUUCCAGGCAAGGACAAACAAAUAUCAGUUUUAACUGUGAGUCUUUUAAAAAAAAUUCUGUGUGAAUAAAAGUGGCUAUAUUUAUUAA